AGAGCAGUUUCCCCAGGAACAAGCCACACUUCCUGCAAGGAAGUAGGCCACUGAUCUCUGGAUCGGAGCCCUUCUGAAGGACACUGCACAGUCCUGUUCAGGCCAGUGGGACAGGGAGACACGGGGCUGGCUCGGGCAGGCCAGGAAUCUCACGCCCGGGUACCCUGAGGGCAGCCAUGGGCAUUCUACUCCUCCUGGUCACCGUCUGCCCAUUGCUGUGGGCUUCAGUUCUUCAGCCUCUUGAUCCCAAUGGAGCCAACGUGUGUCGCUUACGAAGUGAUCUCGCCUCCCUGAGCUGCUGUGCGGGAUGGAGACAACAGGGCAGCGACUGCACGAUCGCGAUCUGCGAGCGGGAGAGCGCCUGUCGGCCGGGAGAGAUCUGCGUCCGACCCCAGGUGUGUCGCUGUCCACACGGAUACUUUGGAGCCAACUGUGUCACCCGCUGUCCGGAGCAGUUCUGGGGCACCGACUGCCGGGAGCUCUGCUCUUGCCACCCCCAUGGUGUGUGCGAUGCCGUCAGCGGACACUGCUCCUGCCGGCCCGGCCGCUGGGGCCCCAACUGCAGCCGGAGCUGCCGCUGCUCCCACGGAGUCUGCGAGCCGGACAGCGGCCGCUGCCGCUGCGAAGCGGGCUGGUGGGGCGCCGACUGCUCGCGGUUUUGCCAGUGCCGGCGGGAGAGCUCCGAGUGCGACCCGCAGAGUGGCCGCUGCACCUGCUCGCCGCGCUGGUGGGGUCGGCGCUGUAACAUCCGCUGUUACUGCGGCCAGUCGCCGUGCAGCCAGAGCACCGGAGAGUGCCAGUGCCAGGCGGGCUGGUGGGGUGCCCGCUGUGAACAGACUUGCGCCUGUCUACAUGGCAGCUGCCACCCCCGCAACGGCCACUGCGUCUGCCAGCCGGGCUACCGAGGCGGCGACUGCGGCGAGCCGUGCGCCGCCGGUACCUACGGAGUGGGCUGCGAGAACAGGUGUGGCCAGUGUAAAGGAGCCCAGCCCUGCUCUCCCGAGGACGGGUCCUGCCUGGUGUGUGAGGUGGGUUGGACGGGGAGCCGCUGCGACCAGCUCUGCCCCGCCGGCUCCUACGGAGAGAACUGUGCGAGCCAGUGUCCCCGCUGCCGAGAUGGUGAGCCCUGCAACGUCCACACAGGUCACUGUGCGACCUGCGACCCGGGCUGGACGAAACCCAGGUGUGACACUCCCUGUGCGACGGGAACCUACGGCGCUGAAUGUCGAUCAUCCUGUCCAGACUGUUGCCAUGGAACAUGCCACCACGUGACAGGGGAAUGCAUCUGUGAUGCGGGGUAUACUGGAGACAGCUGUAAUUCCAGCUGUCAGAUAGGAAUGCACGGCGUGAACUGCUCGAUGACCUGCCGGUGUCUGGGAGCGACGUGUGACCACGUGACCGGAAGCUGCCCUCUCAGUACGGCUGGCGUGGUGACAACUGCCGUUCUCCUUCCUAUCCUCCUGUUCCUCUGCCUCCUCUGCUGCUGUUGUGGAGGUGAGGCGGACGAUCCCGCUGGCAGGGUCGUGGACAAAGACAGCGGACCAAUAGCAAGGAUGAAGCAUCACGUCCGGUGUGUGCUCGCCAAUCUCCGCUCUCCUGCCCUCUGCUUCACCCUCGGCAAUCAGAAACUGCCGAAGGUUACAGUGUUGCCCCAUGACGCCGACCUCACCCUGAACUGCAGCUUCAUUGACUCCCCCUCGGCGGUCUGGGACUCGGACUCCUUCGACACGGACGACGAGAGGCCGGUGUACUGCACCCCGCCCAUGGAAGAAAGUCUCCCGUCAGCGUCAGACAACAUCUACCAGGAGCCGGGCUCCCGCUGUAACUAUCUGCCGGCCGAGACGGGGGAGGCGGCCAGCGAGGAGCGGCUGCAGCCGGUGCAAAUCCCCCGCACCUCCAGCGUUGCUGCUCCAAAGCGGCCGUCGGUCUCCUUCGCCGAGGGCACCAAGUUUGAGCCAGAGAGGCGCCGGGCCUCGGCGUCAGAGCCAGGCUCCCGCCCCCUGAGGAAGGCAAAGCUCUCUUGGAGGCUCAGCCGGUUGCUCAUGGCAACGGGGGAUCCGGCGGACCCCAGUCCCAGCCCGAGCCCGAGCUCUGGCCAUAGCCUGCCCGCGGAGCCCCGGGCCAGUGACCCCGGCGCUGCGCCAAACUCCCCGGGCCCCGAGGGGAGCGACUCCGGUGCUACAGAAGGUCCACAGGCACCCUCAGGUGGCGAGGGGCCAGCGGCCGGGAAGAGGCCAAGGAGCUGGGGCCUCUCCCCGACAGGAGGGGUGGUGGCGGCCGGGACAGUGCGAGCGGCGCUGAGGAGGUUCGGCGGCUCCCGGCGCCGGCGGCGGGCAGGUCCCGCUGACCGAGAGGAGGGCACGCUCCGUGCCCAGCCCGGUGCCCAGGAGGGGCCCUCUGCGCCCGGGGCCAGCGGCAGCCUGAGCAGGAGGCCCCUCAUCCCUGCUACUCCCGUCCUCCGGAAAUUAGUGGCCAACGUGGUCGAGGACAGUGGCGCCCGGCUGGGGGUGGUGAUCCCUAUUACCGCCCCUACCCAGGACAGCUCCCCGCCCGAGGGGCAGCAAGCGCAGGACGUGCCGGCCCCGCCUGACUCCUCCAGGUCGGCUCAGCAGGACCGCUGAGGAGAAGUGGGAGUGGGGUAGGGUGUUGGGGUGUGUGUUUAUGUCCCGUGUCCGAGAAAGACUCCCCUUCUUUCUGCAGCGAGCAGCAGUCGGUAUGGGAUGCCCUGUCCACAGCAAGGCAUAUCCCUGAGGGGAGUGAGGCUAGGAGAGCUGGAGGGGCCGUAGGGCUGGUGGGUGGGUAAAGGCUGUGGAUACAGGGGCAGGAGGGAGAGGCCGGUUUGGGGCUCACUGAGUGCUCAUAGUGGACUCACUAAUAUUAUGACAAGUGGACAAAAUAUCCCCCCUCUCAGUACUGGCCCUUUUUUUUUACAGAACUACUAAAGUUUAUUUACACAAACAUGCACAAGAUACAAACAUCUAGUAUUUGCAAGACAGUGAAUAAAUUGAAAUUAAAAUAUGAUUACUAUUGUCUAUAAAACAGCCAGCUCCUGGGGGGGCGGCACUACUCCUGGAACUCCCCCACUGUACCUAUCGUGACCACAUGCUCCCUCUCCAAGGACAGCCGGGCACGAACGUAGCCUCGGAAGAGGAGCAGGUAGUUGGCUCUAGCAGAGCCCUCGGCUGCCCGCCGCCCAGACCCGUUAAUGCCAUCUUGGCCAGGCCCAGGAGCAAGCUGACCAUUAAUCCACAGUGAGCCGCUCCCUUCCGUACUGCGUGCCCGUACAUAAGAAGCUCGGGGCUGAAGUCCUACCAGAACCCGGGCAGCCCCUUCAGAAACUCAAACGGGGGCUGCAACCUCUCACACUCCGUGUACGCGUGGUACACUGACUCCCCCCGGCUACGGAAUGGACAGUUGGACAGUGUACCUGUGAACGUACUUAAAAUCUACUGCACGAUAAUGCCCUAUGAAGCACCUUCUGCCCCAGGUCCCCAACGUACUGGGAUCUCCACGACUACGGACGAAGCUGAAGAAGUGAAAAGUGUGCCGGGGUCGCCCGUCGCUCCGAAAUGCCCGCGUCACGUGGGUCGGCACUGCCACAGUAUAACCGAACCUCCAACAGCGCCGCCGAAUGUUUUUCAGGCAAAAUACCAAAACCUUGUUAAUAUUAAAGUAUUUUCAUACAAGCUUUCAACCUCAAGACCCAGGCUGAGAAGGAGAUGCCGUUACGGAACAAAUUGAAGAAGAAUGGGAGUCCAUCAUGCCACCUGAUUCCUCGAAUUGGACCAAGAGCUCACCCUCUCCCACGUCGUGUAACCCUCCCACAGUGUGACCCUCCCUCAGUGCGACCCUCCCUCAGUACCACCCCCCCCACGUCGUGUAACCCUCCCUCAGUGUGACCCUCCCUGAGUACCACCCUCUCCCACGU